GGAGGGGAAAGGGUCGAGUGAGCUUGACGCGUGCGCAGGGAGUGCUAGAGGAGCGGCUGCUCAGGUGCCACAAGGGCCGGCCGGAGGCCCACCAUGACCCUGUUCCACUUUGGGAACUGUUUUGCCUUGGCAUACUUCCCCUAUUUCAUCACGUACAAGUGCAGUGGGCUGUCAGAGUACAAUGCUUUCUGGAAAUGUGUGCAGGCAGGAGCCACCUAUCUCUUUGUGCAGCUGUGCAAGAUGCUGUUUCUUGCGACCUUCUUCCCCACAUGGGAAGGUGGAGCUGGUAUCUACGAUUUCAUAGGGGAAUUCAUGAAGGCAACUGUGGACCUGGGUGACCUUGUGGGCCUCCACCUCGUCAUGUCUCGGAACGCAGGGAAGGGCGAGUACAAGGUUAUGGUGGCGGCCCUGGGCUGGGCCACGGCAGAGCUCAUCAUGUCCCGCUGUAUCCCUCUCUGGGUCGGGGCCCGGGGCAUCGAAUUUGAUUGGAAAUACAUCCAGAUGAGCAUUGAUUCCAACAUCAGCCUGGUCCACUACAUUGCAGUCUCUGCUCUAGUGUGGAUGUUCACUCGAUAUGACCUGCCACGAAACUUCCGCCCCCCACUGACGAUCCUCCUGGGCAUCAGCGUCUACAAAGCCUUCAUCCUGGAGGCUUUUGUCCACCUCUUCUCCCUGGGCAGCUGGACGGCGCUGCUGGUCCGAGCGGUGAUGACCGGUGUCCUCGCCUUAAGUUCCCUCGGUCUCUUUGUCACUCUUGUACAUGGCAACUGACCCUCUCUCCUAACCCCUUCCAGGGACUCCAACUUCUGGGCUUAGUCCCUCCCUUUAGAAUUAAAAGAAUUUUUUUUUUCCC